CCCCUCCCUCCCCUCUCCUCUCCGCAGCGCGCACAGCCUCCUCUCCUCUCCUCUCCUCGCCUUCGCGGAGCUCUGCUCGCGAUUCCUGCGCUUCGUGCCAGAGCCUGCAGCUGUCUCUGCUGCGUCCCGCCGCCGCCGCUCUUGUUGUGGGAAAUCGUCGCCCUUUCUUUUACGUGACGGAUCGACCGCAGACUUUUUGUUUUUGUUUUUCGUUUCUACUUCCUCUUCGGCCCCUUGAAGUGUGGAAGGGUGAAAGAAGUCGCAACUUUUCAACAACAGUGUUUGGAGACUGACUGGAGACACCUGACAGCUCGUAACGCCCCGUCCUGCGUGUUGACUGAAAUCUCCGCCACAGUGAAGGCUAUAGGAAUGUGGAAUACUAGUCUACCACAGCGUGAAAGGACCUGCCUCUGCCCCUGACGCCAUGACCGCAGACCUGAACCUGACCUCCCUCCUGAAUGUCACCGAUCUCCACAACCACACGCGAGGAGGAGGAGGAUGCUCCCUCACCAAGACGGGCUUCCAGUUCUACUACCUGCCCACCGUCUACAUCAUGGUCUUCAUCACGGGGCUGGUGGGCAACAGCCUGGCCAUCUGGAUGUUCGUGUGCCACAUGAGACCCUGGAGCAGCAUCUCCGUCUACAUGUUCAACCUGGCCCUGGCUGACUUCUGCUACGUCCUCUCGCUGCCCUUCCUCAUCUUUUACUACUUCAACAAGACCGACUGGAUAUUCGGCGACGUGCUCUGCCGCCUGCAGCGCUUCAUAUUCCACGUGAACCUCUACGGGAGUAUCCUGUUUCUGACCUGCAUCAGCGUGCACAGGUACACCGGGGUGGUGCACCCGCUCAAGUCUCUGGGCCGGCUGAAGAAGAAAAACGCCGUCAUCACCAGCGCUUUGGUGUGGGCGGUGGUCGUCAUAGCCAUCUCCCCCAUCCUUUAUUACUCCAGGACGGGCUCCAAGCGCAACGCGACCACCUGCUACGACACCACCACCGAGGAUGAGCUCCCGGGUUACUUCAUCUACAGCAUGACUCUGACCGUGUUCGGCUUCUGCAUCCCGUUCAUCAUCAUAUUCUGCUGCUACGGCAUGAUCGUCAAAGCGCUGAUCUGCAACGACAUGAACAACGCGCCCCUGCGCCAGAAAUCCAUCCACCUGGUCAUCAUCGUGCUGGCCGUCUUCGCCGUCUCCUACCUGCCCUUCCACGUGAUGAAGAACCUGAACAUGCGGGCCAGGCUGUACUUCCAGAGCCCCGACAUGUGCGAGUUCAACAACCGCGUCUACGCCACCUACCAGGUGACGCGGGGGCUGGCGAGCCUCAACAGCUGCGUGGAUCCCAUCCUUUACUUCCUGGCCGGAGACACGUUCAGGAGGAAGCUGUCGCGGGCAACCAAGAAACCUUCCAGGAAGGGCGACCACGUCCUUCAGUCCAAGAGCGAGGAGACGGCUCUCAACAGCCUGGCCGAGUACGUGGAGAACGGCGACCGCAGGCUGUGACCUGUGACCCGCGGUCGCCUCAGAAGCCACGACUGAUGAAAUGCGCUGUGUGUAAAAUUAAACCAACGAUGGUUCAUAGAACUGUCCAUAUUUAACCCUGUGAUGACCAUCGCUCGCUGUGUUGAUAAGCUAUCGUACCGUAUCGUAACGUGUCGUACUCUCAGCGUUAGAGCCAUCACUCUUCAUCCUCAUCGAGUAGUUAGCGUUGCUCACGCCGUGGACAAAAUGAACGUCGCGAGCUGGGAGGAAAUGGGUUUCCCCCCACCCGGCUGUAUAGCGUCCCGUUCAUCAAUUUGCUGCGCAAGAAACUGGACUGAGAACGGAUAGCGGCCUGCUCCUGAUGCUAAAUCAAUAGCCAUUAAGCAGGUGAGAGCUCGUGGUUAAGGAAGUGUACCUGGGAUGGCUUUUAGAGGGAAGAGGAGUAAAUGCACUGAGGCCGAGAUGGCUGCACGGACGGGCCCGCGCAGACGUUGUAAUGCACUAUGACUGGGGGAGUCUCUGCUCGGAGGGCUACCUAUCACUCCUCCUUUCUUCCUCCAUCUAUUACUGACUGGGGCGAGGAACGUGGUCGACCAGUUUUUCAUUUUGACAGCUCUGAGGUCGAGGCCUGCGAUGGCUGUGUUACCGCAAGUCUUUUUUUUCCCCCCUCUCCCUGUUAAAGAAAACCAGAAGAUAACACUUACAGUAUUUUUGUGUAAAUGAAACAAUGAAUGUUUUUUGUUUUUUUUUCUUCGUUUGAGGUGUACUGUACAGGAUGUUGUGACGUUUCCAGAUGAGUUUGUGUUGUUGGCUGUUUUUUGUUCACUAAUCCACACAUUUUAGUGCAUGAGUCCGACUAACCAACUGCCAGGAUCUGACUAUGACAUGAUCACUCUUAAACGGGGGCACUGUGUCGUUUUGGAGAAGAAAUUCAAACUCUGGAUUCAUGACACCAAUACCCCCAGAAAACUGUCUGAACCUAGAAAAGUGGCAGGGUCUGCCACAUGUAAACAAAGUGAAAGAAAUUGUGUUGUCCUUUUGAGGUGAGUUUGCUUAUUCAGUUUAUUCAGUCAUGGAAACAAAGAGAGUUUUACUCAGGCAUGAAAUAAUCAGUCACCGAAGAUCUCAAAUUUCUUCCCCAGAAAGACAUAGUGCGCCUCUAACUGAGCAGAACAGACACACACACACACACACUCUCACUCCAUCACCUGCGUUGUGACUCCAUCAACACAUUGAAGACUUGUUUGUAUGAGAUACCUCAAAGUAAAUACUGCACUGUGCCCGUGUUUGGACAGAUAAUCAUUUUCUAUCUGUUGUAAAUGAUCGUGGAGCUCUCUUCUGUACAUAUUUUACCCGUCGGACGACGUAGGUGUUUGAUGUCUGUACUAAUGCCUUUGUAAUUGUCGUAAUGUGGUCAGCUGUUUGUCGAGAAAAAGGGAGGUGAAUCACCUGUACAGGAUAUUUGGGGGCCACGUGUAUCUUUGUCAAUAAAUUUUGAUAUUUAAAACGUGCCAGACGAUGCCGUGAACACUCAACACGGUCCUCUCAAGAUUCAGAGUGUUUGUCAACUUUGCUUCCCGAGCGCUGUUGGUUUUGGAGGCGUGCGUGCGGAGCUUCCUCGCCCCGCGCCCUCGUCUGUCUCCGCGCUGCUGUUGACUUUAUUCUCCAGCGCAGCCGGGAGGAAACGAGGGGGGACGAGGGAGGAAUAAAGAGUGGCACCUUUUUUCUCCUGGCUUAUCCUAAGACAGCUUUUGUGUCCGUCACAAUGGUGUGGGGGUUAUUGAUGCAGACGGGGCUUGUGAGGCUGUCGCCAGGACCCCGGGGGCCUGCGCGGAGCGGUGGGCACAGGAAGCCGACAAACCCUCUUCCUCCGCACAGCGCCCGUGAAUACAAACGGCUUUUGAUUUCCUGGCUUUGAGGUGCGAACAGCAGAGCCGGCCUUGGCAAAUGUGUGUGCGUGUAUCUGUGUGUCUCUGUGUUACAGAGCCUGAAGGCAACGCAGACCUUUUUCGAGUAGGUGGCUGUUUUAGCUGUUGUUUCCGUUUGUUGGUUAUUGGCUUUUGUUUCAUAGUCAAAAAAGGGAGGCAAUGCGACUGCAGAACCACAUCUUUAUGCAUGUGCAUCGGUUUAUUUGUGGAACAUAUACACCUCUCUGUUCUCUGCGCACACGUGAUCAGAUGAAAGGAAGGUUAGAUCCAGCCAGCGCCGAAUCUCGAGCCAGCGCCAGUGCUUUAGACCCCGAGUGUCAAAUCUUGACUUGCACAAAGUUGGGACGCCUGCCAGUGUCUCCUCCCUCCCUCCGCAGCCACCUUUCACCUCUUUUUUCUCUCACAUCCUCCUCUCUUCAUUCUAGAAUUAGAAAAAAAGACUUUCUUUUUUUUCCUUAACCACAUUUCAGCACCUUCGGGGGAACGCUGUUUGAAUAGCAGGCAGUUCGUUAACGGAGGAGAACAGAGGGAAGAGUCGAGUGUAGAGAGUAAUGGCAGCUGUGGAGGACAAAGUGUGUUUCUUUUUGCCUGUGGGACAGUGUUGUUGGCAGGGGAGGCCCCCACAGGGUGAUCGCGGCGAGGACAGCUCGAGUAAGAUACCAAGCUUUGUUUGGUGGAGAUUUACAGUGGGAGCUGGCAAACCCACAUCCAUCACGGGGGCACCGUCUGCCCCGAGCCAAAAUCUACCACCGACCACACAAAAAAACCCCAAAGGUAAUCAAGCUGUCAGUGUGUGGUCCCUGGUGAUGUAAACAAUCACAGGACAGUGUGAUCAUUGUGAUGUGGAUAUGUUGCAGGAUUUAACGGCUGUAUGGACGACCCGGUCCUCUCCUGAUUUUAACGUGCAAUGCUGCACUACUGCAGUGCACAGAUGCGCCCUGACAGCCAUGCAUUCUGAGGUACGGUGUUUGUACACAACAGGAUGCCAUUUUUCAGGAGAAGUCACACAACCAGUUACGUGCUCUCAUCUGUUGCAGUUGGGUAAACAGCGUUAGAAAAAUAUUUUGCUCGGCGUCUCUUGGCUACAACACCGCGGUACUGACACACUUUGAUACUAACAUGUGUUUACUCGCUCCGAUCAGGCACCGACCUACCACCCGACCCGACAGCAGAGCACUCUCUCCGGGGCCCUCGUUGCACUUAUAUGGUAAUGUCAGACUGCCGUGGCAUAUUUUGGGCUUUAUUGUGAACUCGUGAGAGGAGAUCCAGGGACUCCAGAUCACACGCCGCCGGUCAGGUGAGGGUGGGCUCGCGCCCAGCUGACAGUCGAGGGCUCUGGCUGUCGACGCAUGCUCCAAAUGCAAACGAGUACGUCCGUGUCGUUCAUCACAGAUGAAGACGCUGCUCGGCGAAGUUAUCAGUGCGCCAGCCAGCCAGCCGUCGCAGUGGAAAUGCAGGUGCAAAGCAGUGAGGGAGUGCAAUCAUUCGCAGGCGCGCAAACAUUUAUUUUGGUGAUAACGCAAUUUCGCAGGUUUGAUGAAAAAGAAGCCGCCGGAGACAAAACUGUCAGAUUAUCCCUGCUGAGCUGAUCAGCAACGUGUGAAGUGGAGAUGACAAAUGAGGACUGCACGGAUGAAUGUGCGGUCAAGGAAUGUGCUUAUGCUCAAACAUGUCUAUUUAGUGUGUGUCAUACACUUUCAACUGAUAGUAAUUUGAAACCAAGCAAUCUAAAUGUACUCAAGCACCAGACUUAAAUGGAGGAGUUUGUUUAUUUAGUAAGGCAUAAAGAAAUUGGUCCAUGAAGAUCUUUCUCCUCUGAUUAAAAAUCCCUCCCCAAAACUAUAUGGUGCACAUUUAAGUUUUUCUAAUCUGAAGCUAGUUUAUAUUUUUUGCUGUUCUGCAUUUCUCUUGAAGUUCAAGUCGCUAUUUACUUUGCAGAAUAAGGCUUUUGAAUAAGAAGAGCAUAGAAGGUGUGAUGCAUUGUUAGACUGUGAAUUAAACCACCCGACCGUUUCUAUAAUUGAGUAAAAUUAUCUUCUCCGCAGGCGGUGACGGCAUGAAAAGGCCUCAUACAUAUUAAUGUGUCAAUAAUAACAUUCCCGUAUCAUCGUAUAUGAUAAUGCAACGCUGGAAGAAGUGAAUUUUGCCUGCUCAAUGAAUAAUUUCACCUUUAGACUUGAAGUGUAUUGUGCUAAUGAUACUGAACAGGGGGUGUUUUAAUGCAUUAUUUCCAUAUUAGUGUCUUUAUAUUGUGGUAUACUUUUGCUUGAGUGGGAGAUUUGACUACCUCUCUCAACACAUGGCGUAAAACAUGCAAGAAGUUUAAGAUUUAUCUAUGGAGUUCUUUUCAAAACAAAAUAAUAAAAGCCAUCUAGCAUGAAAGAUUAAUCAGGCUGACAGUUUUGCAGAAACAUUACUUUGUUAGAAGUGAAAGACACUCAAAUAAUAGUACUUGAUUAAAAGUAUUUCUGUAUCUGAUAUUAAACAUACUUUAGCAUAAAAGAUACAAGUAAGGACAUAUUUACAUGUAUGUCAUUAAUAAAUAUAUUAAAUAAAUGACAUCGAGUUAAACAGAAAAGUACAAUAUUUGCCUCCAAACUUGGUGGAGUGGAACUGUACAGUGGCAGAAAUCAGAAACACUCGGGUACACGUACAAAUACCUCAAAGUUCUGAAAGUACUUAAUUACAUUCCAUCAAUGCAACGAAAGAGCAGGAAUAUAGAAUUUACAGAACAGAACACAUUUAAAUAAUAAAGCAAAACAUGUUGAGAAGUCAUUUCCAUUAUAGCUCAUUUAAGUUGGAUGAUCAGAUAGCGUCCGUCCCUUCAGUUGUGUUUUGCAUAACUCCAUCUGCACACUGACAAAAAAAACACUGCCGAGGGAAAACGUAUCAAGUGACGUAGCACGAAUGAUAGCCUAUCAAAACCCGGGAUGACCCGGGGGUGGGGCUGCCUUCCACAGUAAAAGCCGGGCCGAUGUGUUGACUGUCGCCUGUGGUGCUGUCGCUACCCCGACUCCACGUUCAUCAUGUGUCAGACACACGAUACAUGUUCAGGUGAUGAAGCUAAAUAUAGGCCCUGAUCUAACGCUUGUAUGGACAAGUAAAAAAAACAAACAAACACAGACACGCUCUUUACGAUGAUGAGAGCAUAACAACAAGCGUGAGUUGUAAAGCCGUCGUUAUGGCUUGGCCCGCUGCCAUGAACAGUAACAUCAGGCCAGCGUUGUAUAUGCAGAGGAAGGCUGAGGAUUAGAUGGGACUGGGAGAACGAGUGGGAGAGAGUGUGUGACGGGGAGCAGAGGCUGUCAUAUUUCAGAUGUCAGAAGGUUUAUGAUCAAUAUCUCCGCAGCCACUCCCAUCUGGCUCCUUUUUUGAUUUUCUGCAGCCUCCUGGCAUUAACAUCGAUCAACCCGAGCGACCGGCUCGUUCCCUGACAUCCACAAGCCAACAUCUUUGCAUCAGUGUUGGCCUCAGUGGUCUGAGCGAAGAGUUCAGCCUGGCAUCUGAAAGUCAAAUAGCGGCCCGGCUUCGUUGCUGUCGGACCAAAGAAUUCACAUUAUUUAAAAAAAGAAAAUCACCCUGUGGGUUUCACGCAGCAUACAUUUAGUAAAGGGGAAGCUGGUGCUGUUCCACUUUCAAGAGAUAUCACAAGGUGCCGUUUUUGCAAGUAGACGGACGCAGCUGGGUGACAAGAGGCGUUGCGAGAUGGAGCGCAGACGUGCUCGCCCUGCGCGAUAAGAGUUACGAGAUAGCGAGUGUAGCUCUGAAAUGAGGUGAGGUUAAAUAAAAAGGUAGCCCGCCGCUGGGGAGGAUAGAGAAGAGACGCGAUAAGGAGAAGGUGCGAGGAGCUGUGCACUGCAGCGAUACUAAGUAUGCUGUCGGCAUACAACAAAGUUGCAGCCGAAAAAGAAAUCAGGGGACUGUGAGAGAAAAGAGUAGGGAUAAAAAUUAAAGGGUAUAUGAAGGUGCUCGGCCCACUGGUGGCAAAUGCUCUGCACAAUAUACAACACAGAGAGUGGUGGAAGAAAUGUUCAGAUCGCUUUACUGAAGUAAAAGUACCAAUACGACGAUACAUGCCAAGUAAAUGUCCAGCGUUCAAAACCUUAAAUUCACUUCAAGUGUCAGUAAUAAAACUAGUUCUUGUGCAGUAAAAAUAGUGUUUUACUCUGUGCGAUGAUUCGAUAUUACUGCUGUCGUGCCAGGUUUGGCUGUUUUAUAUGCCGCUGGGUGGUUUAACCUGCAGCAGCGCUUCAUAUCCUAUGAGAUCAUAUCAUAGAGUCAACUUCUCAUGGGCUCAAACUGCCCUGUUUUUAUCCUUGUCACAAAGUAUCUUGCAUCCGAUCCACGGUGGCUUCUGAAGGGGGCCGGUGUGAUGUUCGUUUCCAGGUUUGCGCUUUUUAUUCUCGGCGUCUAGUAGAAAAUGUCGAUGUGCUUUUAGUGUUGAAAAAACACAUUGUUUUUCUCAUACGACCCACCGCUGCAACACCUCUAAUCCCCCGCUGAGUGAACGCUCCAUUUUUCAUCGCCUGUCUCUUUAAAGGUGUGAUUUUUGUCAAAGAAAAAAAAAAGGUAACAGAAUCUGAAGAAGUGAGAGAUUUGUUGUCUUGUCAAAGCGAUCUUCAUGUUGUGUUGAAGUGAUAUCCACUGAAGCAUGCUAACCAGCUAGCCAGCUGGCCCGACUGUGUGUAUUUCUCCAUUGAUUGAGUACUUUUGAUGCUUUCAAAGUGUUUAUGUAACACCAGGACCUGAUGUGUACUUGAAAAACAGACGGGAAAAUUCCACUUUCUUCAGUAUGUUACCCAAAUAUUAAAGGUGCCAUAUGUUAGAAUUUUGGUUUCAUUUGUUCAAACGUUUGCUAGAACUAUCAACAGAACAGGAAGAAGAAACUGUUUUGAUGUCUUCACAUUGUGUUGAAGCGAUAUCUAUUAAAGUUAGCAUGCUAACCAGCUAGCCCCUAGCCAGUUUGUACCUCAAGAGGUAAUAGUCCCAUAGUAAACAACAAUGACAUCCCUGCCCUGGUGCUUCACUUCUUUAACUAGCGGAGAGCAGCUAACAGUUAUUCUGGUGACAUGCUGCCCCCUAUUUGUUAGGAGUAUGAAUUCAACAGUUGGUCAGUCUUACAUAUUGCACCUUUAAGUAGUCAAUUUAGCUUUUCAGUCAAAAAAGCUAUGUCUUGUAUAGCAUUCAAGUGGUUUUAUUUGAAAUGAGAGAAGAUUUGAGAUAGAGAGGAUGAGGGUCGUGUUGGAGGGAUGAAUCUUGAUGAGCACCUCUCCUGUGGUUCCUAUAAGGGAGAGGAAGGUUUAAGAUGAAAGUUUUAAGCCUGACACAUCUGUGACGGUGGGGGAGAAACCGGAGCACCACGCGGAAAAAACCACGCGAGGACUGGAAUGUGAACUCUGACCUCUGGGACCUUCCUGCUGUGAGGCAGCGAUGCUGUGGUGUUUGAUGGGACCCAGGAGGUGAAUUAAAACUGUGCAUGCUUCUGCAUGUUCUGCUGCUCCAGUUCAUAUCAUCUCUCUUUUGUCUCGUGUCCGGAAGUCUUUUCUCCACACCUGACUGUUGGAAUAAUAUGUUUACAUGUGCAAAGUCGCACAAAUCAAAGUGAAACAUAAUGAGACUAAAGGUCAUGCACCAUUAGGCCAGAGAGAAAACAGUUCAAAGAGUAUCUGGAUUUAAACUUUCUAGACAUUUAAUUAAUUCUGAAGCACCCAAACUAAGUUAGAAUCAAAUUCAUUCCAGCGGCCAAACUGGAAGAUUUUUUUUUUUUUUAAAUGAGUGUGAAGCAAGCCCCCUUAGUGUUGAGCUCCUCUCUGCCUGCAGCCUGUCUGCAUAGUUAUGAAACUACUGUAAAGGGUGAUGAGCUAUGCACUCCACUGAGAGUCCAAUGCUUUUAUUAGCUGGCAACCCGUCAGUCUGCCCGCUGCCCUGCUGCAAGGCUGGAUGAUAAAUCUCCUCAGACCAAAGUUUGUGCACUGGCAGAUUACAUCCAACGCUCCGUAUUCACGGUGCGCAAGUGAGUGUGGGGUUACAGCGAGUGGGAACGAGAUGUUGCACGGAAGGAAACAAGACGCUUGCGAGGAGCGGUGUGUAGGCAUGUCUAUAUAUACAGCAGGUGAAUAAUGGAGAUAUUUGCUAAACAUAACAUCUUUCGCCUUCGCAGGUUCACUCCUCCUUCUCAACAGUUUUGGUUCGCCGUCACGCCGGUCCGAAGAAGAAACUGUGAAAUUUCAUUUUCGUGUGGAUCCGACACGGUGUUCAGGAAGUCGCUCGUUUAGUAAUCGAUUGCGUGCCGUGUGAUUUGCCUCUUCACGAAGGCCUUCAUCAAACCGGAGUGCCUCUCGCAACAAGAAGGCUAGAGGAAUGAAGCCUGGCACAAAGUAGUAUAACAACAUAGGAUUCAAUCAUUCACAGUAAGAAGCUGAUUGGAAAUUAAAAUCAGGGCCUUUAAAGUCAGGGCUCCUAUAUUUUAUUUUGUUUUUGGUUUCCUUACACGUGAUCUAUCUACCGUCUUAAAGCCACACGUCUCUUGGGAAAAAAGGCUUAAAGUUUAAUUAGAAUUUCUGGAUGAUAUUCUGUGCUACAGUUCAACGUCUCCUCCUCCUCUGGUCAUUAAACACCUCCGAUUUCCAGGCACAGUACAGAGGACGUGUUCUCAGUGGCAGCAACAUAGCCCAGAGAUAAAGACGUUAGACUCGGUUGUAAUGUACACAAAUGCAGAUCCCUACGUAAGAUACAAGUCUGAGAAAUUUCUCUGGAUGAAAUGUUUUCACUUUUGUCUAGAUUUCAGCCCUGUUAUACCAACAACUCUGUGCAAACACUGCUCAGACUCUGCCGCUCCAAAUGCAAACACUCAAGCCGCUGCUUUUAUUUGAAUCGACCUGCUCCCCGACUGUGCUGUGAAAACAGGGGCGAAAUAGCAAACUCGUAUCUGUGCAUGGACGCGCGAUGCGAGUUGUUUUUGUUUACUGUAUCCUAAGAGUGGCUAUAGAUGCCACAGGCCAAGUCCGAACAUGCCGAGGAUCUCGGAAACGGCUCUCGACACAUCGGAGAGAGUGUGUGAGACGACUCCAAAGGAUCCUCAGUCAGCCUUUCAUCUUUCCGGUCGAGUGCCCGGAGGCCGACAAAACUGCAUGAUGAAAACAUUGAUGUCAUUACAGUCAUCACAUUGUAAUCAACAUUACUUCAUAAUGAUACAUGAAAGCAAUAGAACCUGUUAAAUCAUGUAAUUCACUCAUAUUUCUGUUGUCAUGUUAUCAAGUUGUUUUGGAUCAUAAUGUUUUCUGUGUGGAGCAGAUCAGACAGAAGUGCGUUUGCUUAAAUAGGUACUUUCUUCUCCACUUCAGUCCCCCCCCCCUUUUUUUUUUAUAUGUCCACUCCAAUACUGAGGAAGCCUAUGUGGUACUGUUUACUCCACUGCUUUGAUUUGAUUACUUUUAGCUACAUUUUUGUUUGCUUUUUAACUGUUUAAUAUUUGUAUUUAUUUAUUCAUCAUUACUAUUAUUAUUGUUGUUGUUGUUGCUUAUUAAAUGUUUUGUUCGUGCUUUAUUGCUGAGAAAGUAUUGUAUAUGACAGACACAGUGAAGAAGGAACCGGGCCAGCUGGACCAGGCCGGGGAGGAGAGGGGGACAGAUCCAGGAUGGGAGCCACGUUAAUCCAGCUCUGGACUGAAUGCUGCUCCUGGCUGAUGCCUAGUCGCAGGAAAAUCAAAUGGACAAAAGGGACUCGGGUUGGCCAAAGAACAGGAAAUCUGUCGCGCCCAGAGACCCGUGUUCACCACCGCAUCCAGGAUCAGGCUGUCGCUCUGGACUUGUGGGCCGUGGAUGAGGAGGGAUGGACUCAGGUGGAGAGUUGACGGAAAGUUUACUUGAUGUUGAACUAUUAAUAUGACGAUGGCGACCACAUCAACAUCACCAGCUUGCUGAUCACCCCAAUGCAAAUGCAAAAAUGUAUGUGUGUAAAUGUGUUUAUGUAUAUACAGUAUGUACAUAAAUAACUGUAGGUCUGUAUGUAGGUCUGUGUUGGUGUAUCAUUAAGGAGAAUUUCAUUGCAUUAUGCAACUGUGUGUUGUCUAGGGACAAAUAAUCAGAGAUGGCAAAUGUACACAUUCUUUAUCAGAGUAGAAGUACAGCUGCUGGUGUAAUAAAAAUGACUGUGGUAGAA